AAUAUGGCAAAGAAAUUACAGUAUUUCGAUUUGAACGGUUUGGGUGAAUCUAUAAGGUACAUUUUAUAUUAUUCCGGUGAAAAAUUCGAAGACGUCCGAUAUGAUAGGAGCAGUUGGCCUAUUCAGAGUGUGAAAGAUUCUUUGCCGUAUGGUCAAUUACCACUGUAUCAAGAGGGUAACCGUAGCCUGAAUCAGUCCUUGGCUAUAGCCCGUUAUGUGGCCGUGAAGGCGAAUCUCCUGCCAUCAGAUCCUUGGGACCAGGCUGUUUUGGAUGCCGCCGUAUUCAACAUUUACGAUUUCUGGAGCAAGGUCGGUCAAUAUAUAAGAGAAAAAGACGCGGCCGCAAAGGAAGCAGUAAGAAAAGAAAUCUUAACUGAAACCGUAGUAUUCUAUUUCUCACGAUUUGAAAAGGAACUUAAAGCUAAUAAUGGAUAUUUUGGUGGAAAGUUGAGCUGGGCUGACUUCAUUCUCAUUGGCAUCGUAGAAACUACAAAUCUUUUCCUUAACGCGGAAGUGGAGAAAGGUUACCCUACAAUUGUAGCUCUACUCAACAAGAUUCGAUCACUCCCCGGCGUUAAGUCAUACAUUGCCACAAGAAAGCCCUAUUCACUGUAA